CAACAGUACUGAAGCGCAUCAUCAGCGACACAAGGCUGGGACAACUUCAUGGUAGACGGUGGAUUUUAUUCUUCCGCCUCUCUUGAGAUUGAUUAGUUUAUCAUUUCCACACAACUGUCGCCAGCAGAAUGGACCGGCUGCCUGACUUCUGGAGGGAGGACUACUGGCUACCUCCAGGUGUGACCUGGAGAGACGUGGAACAGCUGCCAGACUCUGACCGACCACUUCCUCAGGACCUUCUCAUAGCUCUGCCCCUUGCACUGGGCUUUGUCGUCCUCCGCUACGUGUUUGAGAGGUUUGUGGCCCCACCCAUAGGCAGAUGUUUGGGGGUGAAGAAUAGAAUACAAGUGGCUGCUGUCCCCUCCCCAAAGCUGGAGUCGUUUUACACCCAGAGGAGCAGACAACCGACACAAAGUGAAAUUGUUAGUUUGAUGUUGCUGUGUGGAAAAACACAGAGGCAGGUUGAGACCUGGUUCAGACUUCGCAGGAACCAAGACAGGCCCUGUCAAACCAAGAAGUUUGGUGAAGCUGCUUGGAGAUUCUUUUUCUACCUCACGGCCUUCAUGGCUGGACUGGCCUGUUUGAUUGAUAGACCAUGGUUCUGGGACCGCAGGGAAUGCUGGCGGCAAUAUCCAGUUCAGCCCAUGGAGAAAGCUCAUUACUGGUACUACAUGCUAGAGUUGGGAUUUUAUGGCUCUUUGCUCCUCCGGAUCUCUGUGGACAUCAAGAGGAAGGAUUUUAAAGAACAGGUGAUCCAUCAUUUGGCUACCAUCUUCCUGCUCAGUUUCUCCUACUGUGCCAACUACAUUCGCAUUGGCACCUUGGUCAUGCUGCUUCAUGACUCUUCUGACAUCUUGCUUGAGUCUGCCAAGAUGUUCAACUAUGGCACUGGCUGGAGGAAAAUGUGUGACACACUGUUUGUUGUGUUUGCUGUGGUCUUCCUUGUGACUCGACUGGUGAUAUUUCCCAGCAAAAUCAUCCAUACCACCCUGGUACUGUCCAUGGAGGUAUUUGAACCUUUUGCUGGCUACUACUUUUUCAACGUCCUCCUGAUGGUGCUGCAGGCACUUCACAUCUUCUGGGCUGGCCUAAUCAUACGUAUGGUUUAUAAGUUCCUGAAAGGAAAGCUGGAAAAAGAUGAACGCAGUGAUGAAGAGAGUGAGGUUGAAGAGGAAGAGGAUGAUAAAGGAGGAGAUGAAAACACUGAUCAAGGAGAUUAUUGCUGGGAGAGAAGUAAAGACACUCUGAACUCCAAACUGUCUAUGCUGACCAACAGUUGUGUCCUGAAUAACUUGACCAACCACAGGGCAUCUGCAGCCGACAGGAUGCGUAAAGCUCAGUAAAGUCUUAAUGAUCUUUUUUGUUCCUUUUUUUUUUUUUUACAUAAAGUCCCAGUUUUUGUAUCCCAAAAGUUAAACAGCCAUGGUUUAUAUGUUGAGUGAUGUAAAAUGCACGUGAACCUUUACGCUCUUUGCUGCAGUGCCUGAGCGCGUCAGUGAGUCAUGAUUAAUGGUAAGUGAAAUUAGACAAGUAAUGCAGAGAGAGUGUUAUUAUUAGUCUGCAAAAUGCUGAUAUAGCAGAGGAUAGUUUCGAUCUAUCGACCUCUGGGUUAUGGGCCCAGCACGCUUCCGCUGCGCCACUCUGCUAUGCACCCCAGAUGGGACUCGAACCCACAAUCCCUGGCUUAGGAGGCCAGUGCCUUAUCCAUUAGGCCACUGGGGCUGUGGCACCUGCUUAUGAACCACUGUGAAGAAAUCACUGUUUACUGACAGUGGUGCAGAUGCUGUAAUUUUCAACAGUGAUCUGUAGCCCUGUUUACACCUGAUAUUAACAUGCGUGUUUGGAUGAUCUUACCCUGACACAGCAAGAUGACGGUCAGACAUUGGUCAAUGUGUGGCAUAAAGUGCCCCAUGGAUGUUGCAUGCAUGUUUUUCUCUAGGCCAACCCCAAAAGCUAACAUCGCUCUUGGCCCCUCGUCAAAAAGCCUAUGGGAUUUUUUUCCAUUGGAUUUUUUUGUUGUAAACAACACACACACAGUGACAGGGCUAACUGUUAGCAUCACAUGGCUAAUGUUACCUAACUUUUAUUAAUUGGUUCAAUGAGAGUCGAGCAGCUAAACAGCUGCUGCUGCUGUGCUAGCCUUUGGUAACAGGGCAGACAUUGAACUGACUUGUCUGGGAAGAGAGUGACUCCAGAGACGUUCCUUCAAUUCUGCAGGAGUAAUGGCACUGACAGAAGUAGGCAGCCUUCAAAGUGGCCCAGGACGCAUUAGAGUACAAAAAACUGUGGCCCUAUGCAGCCCAGACCACCUCUGAAUGUGGACUGAGCAAUCCAAUCUCAAGACACAUUGAAGACACAUUUGGUGCAUUAAAACCUGUACUAACAGCUGUCCACUUAGGUCCAAUCACCCAGGAUGAAUGUUAAUACCAACUGUAAAUAGAGCGUGUGUGUGAAGUGAAAUCAGGGAAUGGUGAGUGUUCAGUGCCUGUUAGAUGUUUUUCUUCAUUAUAGCCUACGCUGCACACUGUUUACACAGCUUGUCAUACAAGUUCACAACGCACAUGUUUGAAAACAGAAAAAGAGAUUUUGACUGAAUAAUAGAACAAUAGCAAAAAAAGGUGUAAACACAGAUAGCUGAUGUAAGACUCAGUAUAGACAGAGGUGGUUGUUUAAUAUUGUAAAAAAAAUUUAAAUUGUUAUACAAUAUGCAGUAGACAUUUAAAUGCAGGAAAUAAAGUGACAAUAUUACGUCUUCUA